AUGGAGGCGUCCGCUCGGACAACAGUGAUCGUGGACAACGAAAUGCGCGUUCAAGUUCAAGGAGAAGAAAUAACACCAGAGGAGUACCACAACGAGGCCGGAUGGACGCUCGCGGGGGAGCGUAUGUCGAGGCUGCGCCGGCGGGCCCCCGCCAGUGGCAUGCCCGACGGAUCCGGCGGGAGUCAAGCAAGCCCGAAAUCGAAAUUCAACAAAAACGUGAGAGCCUCGGUCAUCAAGGCCGCACGCAUGCCAGCCAUGCCGCUGGAAGAGAGCAAGAUAGUCGUCAGACCCAGAGGGGGACUGGACAUCGUCAAGACCGGCACCACCACCGUCGCCACGGCCAUACUCGCCGCGGCCAAGAUCACGAGCGAGGAAAGCGCGGCGGACACCAUCUGCCCCAACACGCAACAGAAUAUUAUGGUCGUCAGUACACCGAACGAAAACAACGCAGCAAGGUACGCUACAAUCCAUGAAAUCUCUAUUCAAGGCAAACUCUACGAAGUCAGCGCAUAUCGCACGGCACCUCACGACACCGUAAAAGGCGUCAUCAAAGGCAUCCCCACCGACGCGAACGCCGAAGAGCUCGAUAGAAAUAUUGUCAACGAGAGGAACCCACUAGCAGUGGGCGCAAAGAGGAUCGGCAGCACGACCUCCGCGAUCGUGGUGUUCCAGGGACCCAAGGUACCGAACUUCGUCCGAUACGGAGUCACCCUGAUACCUUGCCACCUCUACAGGAAACAGAUCGACGUUUGCCACCAGUGCGGCCGAGUGGGACACCGUAAGGACGUGUGCCCGACACCCACAAUCAAGACGUGCCUGGCCUGCGGGCUCGCGAACCCCAAGGAAGACCAUAGCUGUACCCCAAAAUGUAAGCUGUGCGGGGGCGAACACUCGACCGGAGGCCGCGAGAGAUGUCGUGUCUGUUCGGCGCUUCGCGCUGAGCAGACGCGGCACCCUUGUCCGGGUAGGACCGUUCGCUCAAAACAAAAAAAUCCCGCUCUGCAACCCAGGGCGGGACCCUUACCGGAGCGGACGUACUGGAUGAUGAGGGGUUGA